CGCGGCCGGGCCCGGAGCGAGCUCGGGAGGCGGCGGCUGCGGUCGCGCUGUGCCACAAGCUGAGGCGCUUCUSUCCCCGCAGGUGCGGCCAUGGCGGACUCCACGCAGAACGGGCCGAUGCCAGGCGGGGCCGGCGGCGGGGCCGUGCAAUUUCUCAUGGCUAACAAGUUGGAUACAGCAAUGUGGAUUUCCCGCUUGUUCACAGUUUACUGUUCAGCUUUAUUUGUCCUGCCUUUGCUAGGGUUGCAUGAAGCAGCAAGCUUUUAUCAGCGUGCCUUGCUGGCAAAUGCUCUUACCAGUGCCCUGCGACUACACCAAAGGCUACCGCACUUCCAGCUUAGCAGGGCAUUUCUGGCCCAGGCUUUGCUGGAGGACAGCUGCCACUACCUGUUGUACUCCCUUAUCUUUGUGAAUUCCUACCCUGUUACAAUGAGUAUUUUUCCAGUUCUGUUGUUCUCUUUGCUUCAUGCUGCCACAUACACAAAGAAGGUUCUUGAUGCACGAAGUUCAAAUAGUUUGCCCUUUUUGAGAAAUCUCUUAGAGAAACUGAAUGCUAAUCAACAGAAUAUUCUAAAAUUCAUUGCUUGCAAUGAAAUUUUCCUGAUGCCAGCUACAGUUUUUAUGCUGUUCAGUGGACAAGGGAGUCUUCUCCAGCCAUUCAUUUACUAUCGGUUUCUUACAUUACGCUACUCUUCUCGGCGAAACCCAUACUGUCGGACUCUCUUCACCGAGCUCAGGAUUGUUGUUGAACACUUAAUCAUGAAGCCCUCAUGCCCUGUUUUUGUAAGAAGACUAUGCCUCAGCAGCAUUUCCUUUAUAAGCAGAUUGGCACCAACUGUUGCAUAGCCAAAAUCAGGCACUCGUGUUUUGUGAACAUUAUGAGCAGCUGGCACUUCUGCUGAUGAUUGGAAAUUCCUGGUUUUACACUGAUCUCACUCCAGGCUGUAUAAAAAUACAUAUAUGCUUUCUUGGAGAUAAUAUGAAAUUUAGCAUAUCAAAAAAAUAAUAGAAACUUAAAAUUACUGUGCUGUAUUGUUAAUUGAUGAAAAAAGUAGUUGCAUCCUACCUAAAACAUGCCCAAUCAUACAAGUUUGUUGUUUUGUUUUGUUUUUUAAAUCAAGGAUUGUUUGAGAUUGUUUGAAGCUUAUUACAAGAGAUCUGUGUUCACUAGGUUUAUGUUCGUUGGAACUAUAGCUACUUUAGGAUGUCUCCAGUGGAUAGCAGUUGAUAYACAUACCUAUGCAGUACACUUUGGACAGUAUUCUUCUGCCUACUAAAUGUAUCUGUAGACCUAUUUUGUCCAAUUGACUAUACUCAGUGUAGAAAUACGGCCCACGUUGAAGUUAACACAAGGGAUUAAAAUCUAUCAAGGUGACAUAGGUAACACUUUUUCUGAAGGAGAGGUUGUUUUUGUUAAUACUUUAAAAGAGCUUUUCCAAGUUUCUACCUAGUAACAUAGUCUUACAUUAUACUGUUGGAAGAAAUACCAAGACUCUGAUCACAGAAAACUUGGCGGUUUUCUUGUCACGAGUUGUUUUAUCAAGCUAAGCUGCUGACCUGUAGGAUUUUCAGACAAAGAUGCAAUGCUUAAACUUCUAACCAUGUCUCAAAUUAACUAAUCAAUGUAAAUGAAGUGACUUUUGCAGAGUCAUUGCAGAUUUGUUCUUGUGUCCACACAAAUGUGAGACUGCAGUAAUUUAAGCAUGUUAGCUUUCUAAAAAAUUAAUCUGUAUCUAGUUCUAUAUAAAUGGUUAUUGCAGUUUCUGAGACUCCCUUUGUGAUGGGAAAUUUGCAUAAAGAAUUGCACCUGUUUCGGCAGCUCCUGAAACAAAUUGGUGUAGGAUUUCUUGGCAUAAAUCAAUCUGAUGACUGAUCUGAAGCCAGUGUCAUGACUACAGAAGUGAAUAUUAAAUGAAGUGCAUAAAUUAAUUAAUAAUGUGCAUAAAAUAAUAAAUAAAUUGAUUAUGCAUUCAACCAGCAGAUGAAGGGUAGGUUGUGGAAAAAGAGUAUCUGUCUGAUCACAAUUUCUUUGCAGAAAUCCAAGGCAAAGUAUUUGCUGAAUCUUCUGUAGUUAGUAUUCCAAUUGCAUAAAGCUGGCUUUUGUUAACCUUUUGUAACCUUCUGUAGCACUGAACUAACUAUUCUUCCAUGGUCAAAGAAACCUUAUGUGAAACUUUCAGAAACAGUUUUGAAGCCAAGUAUUUUCCUGUAACUAUUGAGUUAUCUUGUUUGUGGUGUGGAUAUYAUUCAGACUUUCUAGUUGUAUCAGUUUUUAGAUCAGAGCCAUGUAUUUAUAAAUUUAUUUCAUUUUUUUGCUCAACCUCUUGGUACUGGUGAACCAGUUGGUAAUUGAAUAUGAUAUUCUUUGACUACUUGUCUUGCUCUCUGAACAUGAUUAGCUACUUAUAGAAUACUUGCACUCUGCAGAAGCAACUGCAUGCAGUUAAUGCUCUACAGCUGCUAAAGACUUGCAAUGAGAUUGAUUAUAUGUAUAUCCUGUAAUUUGAGGAUUUUAUAAAAACUAAAAUUUCUACUGCAAUAAAAGGAGUGUUAAAUGUAACUUGCUAGGCUCUUCAGGCUCAUUUUCUCUCUAAUGCAAGUUAUUGAUGCUUGAACCUGGAAGUUGAGCAGAAUGCUGUCCUGUGUGUAUGUGUGCAUGUUCUUAUAUUCCCACUGCUGCUUCUGAAUUAGGACAUAAUGACUUGUGCAUUUCUGAAUUAUUUUAUAGGGAAUUUUUGCCAUUUAAAGUGCAAAARUUUAUGACCCUUCAAAAUCUAAUCCAAGAGUAAGCACUUCAAUAAUAGUAUCUAAUCAGAGAAAAAAAAAUCCAUACCUACUUAUUACUGUUUCAGUUCCUCAGCAUGAUUCUAGACCCUCUGUCAUGUUGCACAAUGUAUUUUUUGAAUAGUGGUAUCAGACUCUAUUCAGCUGUUUGCACCACUGAUGUAAAAAUGAAUUUGGUCAUCUAAGYUGAUCACCCGCACUGGAAGUGGAAGGCAAAUCUGUAAUUACUGUAAGCAAAAUAACAUGUUACUUCUGAGCAAAUUUUUGUGGUCUGACUGCUGUUACGGAUACAUUCUACUGUUCCUUAAUUGUAUGUUAUUAAAUUAGAGAUGAGUCUAAACUGGAUCCAGUGUAUUGCAGCUGUAACUGAAGGAUGCUAAGUACAGAUCCAACUCAAUGAAUGCAUGAGAAGGAUUAAAAGUAGUAAGAGAAUGACAGUGCAGUGAGUAAAGUGUUGGAAGACAGUGCCAUGAAGUUCUAACUUAUGUGUGGAUACUGAAGUUCUAACUUAUGUGUGGAUUAUCUUUUUUUAUUAAGUCUUAAAAAUGGACCAAGAGGCGGAAAUUGCAUUAGUGGGAUUUGAUUUGGCCAGGAGUAUAUUCUUGGCUUUGCAAGAAGUUGCUUGACAAGUGAGCAGCUUGUGGUCUGGUAAAACUUACUUCUCUUGAUGUGCUGAGAAAACGYGGAACAAUGUUGUAAGAAUAAUAUUCAAGUCACAUAAAUAGGGUAACUGACCUGUGCAUCAACUUUGAUUUUUACUGUAGCAUUUUGGCUGCCUAAGUGAURACACCGAGUUUCUUCAAUGCUGGGGAAAACAUUCUAUCCUUGAGCCUGCUUUCUCACCACACUUUGUGGCUUGUUUCUAUUCUAAUGAUUAAAUUAAACAUAAAAUGCUGGUUGUAUUCUAAUAGCUUGACUUUUUUUGUGAAGAGAGCUGUAUGUUUGUGCUGCUAUGCUGUCAACAGUUAGCUGUGAUGCAGAGGCUGUGACAGAAGUCUGUGAUUGUAGAGAAAUUUUGCAACUGACCAUAAAGUGCCUGCCAACCCCAAACUGAAGCAGAAGAGUUUUUGUAUUACCAAAAGGUUAYCUACCUAAUGUGAUAACUGUUUCCACUGGUAUAAAUCACACUGCUCRUGGCUUUUUGUCAGCUUUUAUAACUUACGUGUGUUGCAUAGAUUCUGUGGGUGGACUGACCCUUUGCUUUGUACAAGCUUUCUGUAGAAGUGAUGCUCCAGUAUAACGCUUGUCUGUUUUCAUCUGUAGAUAAAGUAUCAGAAGCCAUUGAGUCUGCUGGAGUAGCUAAUGCCAGUUGCAAUUUCUUACAAACAAAGUAGCUCACCAAUACACCCAUCCUCUCCUUUAUUGCCUUUUAUUUAAUUUUAUGCAKUCAUUGUCAUUUCUCUGCUGUAAGUUUUACAUUUUGCUCCCUUCUUUGAUAGGUGUUUAAGUGGAACAAUAUCUGUUAAUGUUUUAAGGAUUUAAAUAAAAAUUACCUUAAUUAUGAACCACUAUUUUUUCCAACAGUUUUUGAACUGCUAACUAUGUAUGUGAUAGUACUGUCCAAACCUUUAACGUAGUCAAUUAUUUUGUACUGUCUGUGUUGGACCAUUUUAUCGUUGGGCACCGUAUUGCAACAUUUGCUGUACAGAUCUCAUGUUAAUUAAGGAAGCAUACUUCUUACCCAUUUUACAGACAGGAAUGUAGACAUGGAAGGAAAGAGCACUUGCCUGAGUAGAUGUAAGAGUUCUGGCAGAGCAGGAAAUAGAAAAAAUGGAGUUGGACAAGUGCCCAGAGGAAACUGAUUUGUUUYUAUUCCACAUAUGACUUGCUAGUCUUGCUCCUAAAAUUAUACUAACUGGGCUUAAAUAAUUCAAAAAGUACUGUACCUUGCAGUGCUCAGAUUAAGGGUAGAGAGGAAGACCACUGAGGUAGAACAGUAUGCUCUUUUGAAGUAGUGUCAAAAAUUGAUUUUCACAUGCAGUGCUAGGUGUGGCCCUUGUAUCAUCAUCGCUGACAAAAAAUAAUGCAACAGAAUAAGAUCCCAAGCAGUUAACGUGCURGAUGGUAGCAGGGUAUGCUAAUGUGUUUUUGUCUAUAAUUUUUAAUUGAUGUGUUGCACCUAUUUGUGGUUAAACUAGAUACUGAAAUUGGUUAGUGUAUCUUUGUAUUGUAACUUCCAUUGUGUUGUAAUUUUCUUACAGGCCUUGCUGUUUUAAAUCACCUUUUAAGGACAGAACUUUAAGCAAUCCUUUAUUUCAAAAAUGGAAAGAUAUCAGUAUGGAUAAUGUAAUAGAACUAGUCCUAAAUGUGGAUUAAAAAACCUUUUCCAUAAAAUCUCAGCAUUACUUAUUAACUUCUCUGCAGAAGCUAGCUCUGUGAUAAUGGCAGAUGUUGUGCAGGUAAGGGAGUUUCAUUGCUUAGUUCUGUGCCAUCCAGAUGGUAUAAACUUUUAAAAUUAAUUGAAAAAUUCAUCUUUUACUUGUAUUCAAGGACUGAGGCRCAAAAUGCUAAUGUAAGGGCUCAGAGGGGAAAUACAGUUCUCCUGCAUAUUUGAGAAAAUGUGAAGCCCUUUCAAGAAAAUCUAAUAAACAUAAUAAUCGCAGGCUGCUGACACUAAGGAAAAAGCAUCUCAUUCACUAUUUCUUUUAUGCRGCGAUUUACUGGUCCCUACUGAUUUUCAAAUUGGAUCACUGCAGUAAAUUAUCCCUACCAGUACCUGUGAGAGAAAGCACUGGGAUCCAUAUUUGUUCAGUGCUGUGCUUAAAUCAGCAAGAAUGAUAAAUUUGAUGAUAUGAAAUUGGAAAUAUCAAGGGCUUCUCUCAGUGAAUGAGCAAGUAUCUCCAUUUGUAACUUAUUGUGACCCUUUUUCACUGUAUGUGCUUUGUAUGUCAAAUAUUUAUUUUGAAACAAAUUAAAUAGUUUUCUCUAUUGAUA